CAACGAGACAAUUGUUGUCUGCUGCCUGUUCUAGCACAGUGUGCUUACUCCACAGCAGCUAUGGCGCCCUACCCAGGGUCUGAUGCGGACUAUUUUAGGGACAAGGCGCGUAGGGAUCUAUUGACUCUUCUUGAAGGCGUCCGCGGCAAAAAGAAUCUUGUCAUAAGUCAGGCCCUGGCUGGCCCAGUUGGACUUUUCGUCAAGUUCUCUUCGCUCCAAGAGUAUGGUGUAGAUCGCGUGUUUCUGCUUGAAAACGCCAAUGUGGACUCUUCUCAGCGCAAUGUUGUAUUCUUAGUCCAUGCUGAGAAGGUGCGCCAGGUGCGGACAGUGGCAGAGCAGAUCAAGCGCUUGCAAAGAAAUGGCAACGUGGAACAUGAGUUCACCAUCUUAUGGGUUCCCAGACGAACCCUCGUAAGCAAUACAGUCCUCGAAGAGACAGGAAUUAUUGGGGAUGUGAACAUCGCCGAACUACCCUUAUUCUUCAUGCCCCUGGAGGAGGAUAUUCUAUCAUUGGAGCUAGACGACUCCUUCAGUGACCUUUAUAUGCACAAAGAUCCGGGCUGUAUCUUCCUUGCCGCAAAGGCUCUCAUGGAUAUCCAAAAGAGGCAUGGAUAUUUCCCUCGCAUUAUCGGUAAGGGUGACAAUGCACGUCGACUAGCAGACCUUCUGUUGCGAAUGCGAAAGGAACUCAACGCCGAAGAGAGCUCUGGCUUGACUGAUAUAUCUGCACGAGGGCUCCUGCCCAGUGCAGACUCCGAGAAUUUGAUAAUCAUCGACCGAGACGUGGAUUUUGGCACUGCUCUUCUCACGCAGCUUACAUACGAAGGGUUGAUAGAUGAAACGAUUGGCAUUAAGCACAACCAAGCGGAUGUGGACACCACGAUCGUUGGUCCUACCGCCGUGCCCCAAGCCCAAGAGUCUUCCAAAGCGCCUCAGCAGACCUCUAAGCAGGGCCAGAAACGUAAGAUCCAAUUGGAUUCUUCCGAUCAACUUUUUAGCCAAUUGCGAGAUGCAAACUUUGCCAUAGUGGGUGAUAUUCUCAACAAGGUAGCUCGCCGCCUAGAGAGUGACUAUGAAAGUCGUCAUACAGCCAAGACAACCACGGAGCUUCGUGAUUUUGUGAACAAGCUACCAGCGUAUCAAGUGGAACACCAAAGUCUACGGGCACACACGAACCUCGCUGAAGAGAUCAUGAGACAUACCCGUUCAGAUACUUUCCGAAGAGUUCUCGAGGUCCAGCAAAACAAUGCUGCAGGUGCCGAUCCAACUUACCAACACGACUCUAUUGAAGAGCUUAUUUCUCGAGAUGUCCCUCUGAAGACAGUCUUACGCCUGCUUUGUUUGGAGUCAUGCAUGUCUGGCGGAUUACGGGCACGAGACCUUGAAAAUUUCAAGAAGCAGAUUGUUCAGGCAUACGGACACCAGCAUCUUCUCACAUUCUGUGCUUUGGAGAAAAUGGAGUUGCUUCAGCCUCGUUCUCCUGCGACGUCCAUGCUCCUUCCGACUGCCGGUACACAGACUGGAAACAAAACUAAUUAUAGCUAUCUUCGAAAGAACCUGCGACUUGUAAUUGAAGAGGUUAGCGAGAAAGACCCUAAUGAUAUCUCCUACGUAUACAGCGGGUUUGCACCGCUCAGUGUUCGUCUCGUCCAGUGCGUGCUCCAAAAACCAUAUAUCCUUUCCCUUGUCCGUGGCGGCUCUGCUCCUGCUGCUGUGAAUUCUGCCAGCACGGCAUCUCCUGGAUGGCUUGGGUUUGAGGAUGUGGUCAAGAGUGCUCGUGGCGCAACAUUUAGUAUCGUCCAAAAGGGCGAUGACAAGGCAGUUCGUGCACGGCAAACACUUAGUGGCAGCAAUUCCACCAAAACAGUGUACGUCUUCUUCUUGGGCGGCAUCACCUUCACUGAGAUUGCGGCGUUGCGGUUCAUCGCUGCGCAGGAGGCUCCACGGAGGAAGAUUGUCAUUUGUACAACAAGUGUCAUCAAUGGUGAUCGAAUGAUGGAUGCUGCAAUCGAGAAGAGCGAUUUUGCGAAGACGGAGUAGCGUGAUAUUGUAUUUAAGAAUAUCGCUGUUGCGCUGCCCGAGUUAUGACCUGCAUAAAUUAUACUAAUGCUAACAUGGAGAUGACAUUUUUGAUGAAUACAAUGAUAGCGAAUUACGACCUCUCUUUAUGUGUUAUAGGUCUUGCUUGCCGAUCAAAUGCAUGACAAGUUCUUCUGUUAUUUAUUCGGUAUUGAACAGAUAAACAAUCAGUUUUAACAUGUAGUUUACGCCUGUCUAGUGGUUACUGCGACGAUACAGUGUGUUGCCCACAGAACCUCAAUGUUGACUAGCUGUGUUUUUAUGCCCUGGACCUGCUUUUGUUUUCCUCUCACUUCCCUCCUCCCUUUUUCUCUAUCCUCAGUUCCCUUUUCACUAUCUUCACAUCACUUCUUUUUUCUUUACUUACUCUUCACUUCAUCACCAUGCCGGCUCUUUUUCCACUCGAUUCCCGUCUCCUAAACUCUCUUUA